AUGUCCGCGGGCCCCGCCGGUGCCGCCCUCUCCCCGCCGGCCGUGCCAGGGGACGGGGCGCACGCGCUGUACGCCGCCCGGGUCCGUAAAUGCAUGCUGAGUGUGAACGUGCGCCUCGAGCAGAGGACCUUUCUGGCGUUCUUCGGGCUGGCGGCCCGCACCCUGGAGCUCACGGGGGACCCGGACGUCCUGGCCGACACCAUCCAGAGGAGCCUGUGCGUCGAGGAGGGGCGGGCCGCGGCGCUGGGGGACGGCGUGGCGAGGGGCCGCCGGGAGGCCGAGGCCCGGGGGAGCCGCCCGCUCGACCCGAGGGAGCGCCGGCUGCUCGAGCGGUACGGGCCCGGCGGGGCUGCAGAGAAGCCGGCCUGCGAGCCGCCGCGCACCCCCCUGCCGGCCGCGGGCGCCAUCGCGGGCUCCCUGGUCGAGGUCUCGCUCAGCAGCCUCGGCGCCCUCUCGUCCCUCCCGCAGUCCCACGAGGCCCACGGCACGCUCUGGGUCGUGCCCCGCGCCCCCGGGUCCGGGGACGGCCUGCUGGCAGACCUCGCGGUCUUCGCCGAGGGCGUCUCCCUCUCCGAGUUCGUCCUCGGGGAGGGCGCGCGGGCGCUGCGGGGCUAUGCGGCCCGCUUCCCCACCGCCCAUGCCGCGUGCCUCUGCGCCUACUCCGUCUGCCAGCGGAACUUCCUCGUGGGGCCGGCCCUCCGGCGCAGCAGCGUCUACGCAUACGCAGAGGCCCCCGGGCGCGACCUCCGCACGCUGUCGGAGCGCGUGGACGGGACGCCCGCCGUGAGCGACGUCGAGCUCUCCGGCUCCUCCGAUGGGACGGGAGAGCCUCCAGACGAGCCGCCCAUCAAGAGGGCCCAGCGGCGCGUCGUGCUCAACACCGACGUCGGGACCACGAGGACCAAGGCCCGGGCGGGCGCGUCCUUCGGCGACCCGGCCUGCGUCGUGCGGCUCACAGGCAUCCCCGACGCGUACCGGGGGGCCGGCUUCCGGGGGCUGGGGGUCCUGAAGGGGAAGACGCCCCCGGACCGCGUCCUGCACGGCGAGGAGGCCGGGGAGUACGUGAUGUACAUCGGCUUCAGGCACGCCGCGCCCCUGCAGAAGUUCGCCGAGGCCUGCAGAAGGGCCCGCGACCGGGGCGUCGGGAUCCGGGCCGUCCAGGGGCGCGUGCCCGGCGACUGCUCCGGCCUCGCGGCCCUCGACCCCGGGGACGUCUGGUGCGGCGCCGGGGGCCCUGCAGAGGCGGCCCAGGGCCCCGUCGUGGAGGUCGCCCACCUGCCCGAGGCCUACCGAGAUCUCGGGCGGCGCGAGGGCUUCUGGUGCGGCGAGGACCGCCCGCUGCUGUGGUGGAACCUGCUGAGCCGGGUCGUGCAGAACGAGGGGGGCGGGGGGACCCUCUACUUCUGCUUCAAGUACCGGGAGGGCAAGGAGGCCAGCUCCGCCAAGUGGUUCAGGAAGCGCCUGGCCAGCGCGCUGCGCGAGGAGGGCGUGAGCGGCGUAUCUGUCGCCGUCCUCGACCGCGUGCCCCCCGGGCUCGAGGGCCGCGACGUGGAGCUCCCCGCUCCCAGGCAAUAG